AAACAAGAUGGAAUAGUAUUUAUAUGAUGUGUACAAGUCUUUUAAAUACUCAAAAAGCAUUACAAAUACUGGCUAUUAAAUUUGAACUACUAAUUGUUGAAUCUCGACGUAAAGAAAGAGAUACAUGUUUAUUUCAAGUAAUACAUAGUUUUAGAUAUCUUGCACAAUUUUGGUCAAGAUAUGAUGAUUUUGAAUUUGCUGCAAAAAUCAUUGCACAGCUUGAAAAACGAUGGGAAA